AUGAAAUUCCAGAAGCAGCUCCAGUGGCAGCUGGUGCCGGAAUGGCGGGAUUCCUACUGCGAUUACAAGGAUCUCAAGAAGGAGCUCCGCAAGAUCAAGCGCUCCGGUCCGGCACGGCGAUCUUGGAUGCCAGGUUACCUCCUUGGCAGGCGCCGCAGGAAGAUCGAAAUUGUUGUGCAUUCGCGGGGCGGCCAUGCGGCAUUUGAGACGGAGCUGGAUUCCGCCGCUAGCGAGAAUGAGCGAGCAUUUUUCCGGGCGCUCGAUUUGCAGCUCGGCAUUGUCAAUGGUUUCUAUAUCGCCAGGGAAGGAGAACUCGAAUCGAGAGCGCGUAUGCUACUACUCCAGCUCGAGAAUGAUCACCACUCAGUUACUGGAGAUGCGCGGAAGUCGAGCUCUCUUUGCAAUGCGGUGGCCGAUCUUUGCAGACAACUUUCUCUUCUACGUAACUACAGGUCCGGAUUGAUCAGGAAUUCGCGAAUGCUGAUCUUUGGUGUGUUGGCUGCAGCACGCUAA